AUGGAGUUCCACACCUGCAUCAGUUCUCUCCAUCGACGCAGAGCAAGGGUGGAUCCCCACAGCCUUGGACCCCUGGCCCGAGCCCCCAGGACUGACAAUCAGCUUCCUGCUCCACCUUCCACCAGGGUUUCCCUGGACUCUCUGAUUCUUCAGAUGGAAGUGUCCAGAGAUGAAGUUUAUGACACUAACUCAAUAUGUUCUAGUCCAGAACUCAACAAACCUCUGUUUUUCUUUCCAGGAAAGUCGGAGUCAGUUGAUUCACUUCAACCAAUUGUAGCAAGAGUUGGUGAUGACGUUGUUCUACCGUGUCAAAUCAAACCUUCAGUGGACGUUUCUGCAGCAACGUUGGAGUGGAAGAGGUCAAACCUCUUCGUCCUGGUGUGGCGUACUGGUGCAGACUUUAAAAGGCAAAAAGAUCCGUCCUACAGAGGAAGAACAUCUCUGUUCCCUGAUGAACUGAAACAUGGAAACAUUUCACUGAAACUCUCUGACGUGAAGCUGUCUGAUAAAGGAACGUACAGAUGUUACGUUGUAGACAUGAAUAGAGAGAUGUUUGUUGAGCUUGUUGUUGCUCCAGAUACAGCGGCCUCACCCAUCAUCAGUUUAUCAGGGAUGGACAGAGACAGAGGAGGAGUGGUGUUACAGUGUGAAUCCAGAGGCUGGUAUCCAGAGCCUGAGGUGUUGUGGCUGGACGCUGAGGGAAACCUGCUCUCUGCUGGACCU